GACUUCAUUCAACCAUCAGUAAGUUCAGAUAUCAACAUGGGAGGUAAGAAGAAGAAUGCAAAGGGAGGUCAAGGUGAUGGUGGUGUAAGUAGACUUCCGCAAGAAGAUCUAGCCUCUAGCGGACCUGAUAGGAUGAAUGUGCCACUUGCUGCAGACCAAGCUUCUACCAGUUCUAGUGGAAGUCAAGCUCCUGCUGGCCUUGGUGGAAUGGAUGCUCAACUCGUCACAGGACAACGACAAUUAUCUGCCAGUCAUGUUAGAAGUCGAGCUCCUAACAAUCCUCUUCCUGCAGACCAACGUUCUACCAAUCAAAGCUUAAAAGAAUCUAGUCGUCCAAGUCCUACUCAUUCUUCCCAUACCAGUCAACUACAAUUUGAUGUAGGAAAUGAAACAGGUCGAACAAUAUCCCGUGUCUCUGAAACUAGAAGCAGCUCCCAAUCACGAGUUACUGCAGUGCCCCUUGGUCAAGGCCAGGCGGCUCUGGUUUUUCCUCAAUUACAAUCACAGUGCGUGCCACCUCUGGGAUCUGCGCAAUCGAGCAAAUCUGUAUCUGAAUCACAGAGACCAGCCGGAUUUCUUGAACGAACUCAAUCAAAAAUUCAAACACAGAAAUCUAAAUCUAACGGAUCUAUUAAUCGAACUCAAUCACAAACUCGACAACUGCUUCGUCCUGAGCUACAAAAUCUGGCUCGAUUUCAACCAACUCUAACAACACCACUUCAUUUGCAACUACAAGUUCAAGAUUCUUCACGCAUUGAUCCAGGCCAACGACCUGAAUUUCAAUUGCCACGUAGACAAUCAUUCGGAACCAAUCCAACAUUCGGAGGCAACCCACCAUCUAGCAUUAUGCCUACUAACAGACAAGGCCCACCUGAAAUUUACCACUACGAAGCUGAAGCCAGAGCCCAACUCGAAAAUCCACGUGGUCAAGCAGCCCAGUAUGUUGAUCCACGUCAAGAUCCAGAGUGGCGCAAGGCGAGGCAGGAGGAAGCAAUGCAAAAAGCUCGGGGAAGAAUUGCUCGAGGAAAGAGUUUCCGUUCGUUUGUGCAACCCGGAGAUCCUAAGCCUAGUUUUAGGGAGCUACAAUCGACAAGUGGACAGAAUAGAUAUGGUGCAGCAUCUCCUCUGCCAUCGCCACAACAGCGAGCUUCUGUCGCCCAAUUUCCAGGAUUGGAAAGCCAACACGAUCAGGAAAUGGCUAUGUCUCAAUUAGGAAUUGAGAAUCUGGAUAUUACGUCUCAAGAAUUUUCCGCUCAAGACGCGUGGGCAAAAUCACAACUUCGAAAAAUUGGUAAUACCUGUCCAAGAGGAUGUCGAUGGUUCAGAAUCCCGGGUGGAUAUCGAUGCGGUCAGGGAUUUCAUUGGGCUACUGAUCAGUUGAUUAGUGAGGGAAAUGGAGAAGUCAUUACUUCCCUGAGAGUUGUACCGAAAGGAUUUCCAAAUAAAGGUGAGGUAAUGAAAACCGGCUCUCGUUAUGAUUAGUUGAGUCAGCGCUGGAUGCGGAAUUAGAUAUUGACA